AAAAAUGAAACUCACCUAGCCUAGCUCUGUAGUUGCCCUGUAGAAGGGUCAAGAACGAAGAUGAUGUACCGAGCGUUGUUGUGUCUGGUCCUAUUCGUGGGUUCUGUAUCUGCCUCGGGAAGCUGGUUCAGCAACAACAAGAUGACAGAAUGCGGCUCCUUCCAAAUCCAAAGCAAGGGCAGACUCUCCAACAAUUCCAUGACUGAUAUCGACACGCGUCAAUUUCUGGAAGAUCUCAAAUCGUUCGACACCAACAAUGAUGGUUACGUCACUUCAGUCGAAACUAGGAAUUCUACUGUUGCAGCCACCAUCGACAGUGCUUUUAACCUUGCCGCUGGAGUCGAUCGUUGCACCUUCGUAAUGAUUUAUAAGAAGCGGUAUGGAAUCAGCACGGGGGUCGCAGGUCGCCUCUUCGACAUUGAGGACGUCAACAGUGACCUCAGGUUCUCCACUGCGGACCAGGGCAACUUCAACAUGCUCGAUAAAGAUGGUGAUGGCCGAGUGUCUGUGUGUGAAGCCUUCCAGGGUCUCAUGUUCACGCUCGCAGAUUUGGAAAACAAGGUCUACCUUGCAGAGCUGAAGUAUACGAACAUCGUCUACAAGUACAGGAAACCCUCACCCAUAUGGUCCUCCUAAACCAUCAUGUUUGUCAUGGCAACGGAGGGGGCGUCGGUCACGUGACCACAAGGACGAUAAACGUAAUCCUGUGUUAAUAAAGUGAUACAUACUCA